UUCGUUCAUAGACAAAGCAACACAAGUCCUUUCAGUCACUACAUGGCCAGGAAAUCUUUAUUGUACUGCUUCUCUCUCCUGUUAUACACAGCCUUGUCAGAGCCAGCUAAACAUGUGACAGGAUCAGUAGGAGAUAGUGUGAUCCUACCCUGCAAAUACUCUGUAACUGGAGGAACCACCACCAUGUGCUGGGGACGUGGAAGCUGCCCACUUUCCAAAUGUGACAAUGAGAUCAUCUGGACCGAUGGCCAGAAAGUGAUCUGGAGUAAAUCUGAGAGAUACCGGUUACUGGGGAACAUAGCGCAGGGGGACGUAUCCAUGACUAUCAGCGGGGUAACUCCCAGUGAUUCCGGAACAUACUGCUGCCGUGUGGAGAACCCAGGAUGGUUCAAUGAUGUAAAGGAGGAGAUAACAGUGGAAAUACAGAAAGCAGGACAAGUUAACACCAGUUCGACUCCAAUGACGGCAACAUUUCAAUGUGAAGAACCAGAGUAUGAUUAUGACGUCACUGAUCGCACCCCUGAAGGAAAUCAGAUUUACAAAUAUCAGUUACUCAAAAUGUACCAGGUGAAUGGUAGCCCGCAGAAGGCUGGGGCCUUUAAUUCCAUAUGCAUUGUCAUUGUACCUCUUCUGAUGCGUUUACAGUGACACAUCCAUACAAAUAUUAUCUUCAAUCUGUGAUAUUGGUGCUGGGGAUUUCUCUACUAAAUGCACAUAAAUGAACGCUGGACCAGUCAGG